AUGAGCAUUUCCGAUGCAACUUUGCCUCCCCAGGCUUACACGUUUCCUCCGCCCACCCAAAACGAUAGGUCGUUGACCGACCCAGUAGGUGGUCAAGAACCCGACCCUGUUAGCCCGACCUCAAAAUUAGAAACUCCGCCACAUCUCACCAAGGCUCUAGUACUAUCUGUCAUGGCUGCUGUUGACUCUUCACUCAACAUUGAAUUUCAGGACACUGAUAUCGCAGAUGUUAUUGAUGUUGACGAGCAUGGCCUCCCGUUUGUACAAGAAAUCCAAGCCCAGCCCGAGUCUGUUAGCAGCGGGAGAUCUUCUAGCAGAGGACCAAAAAAUCGCCAUCCAUCCCGCAGUGACUCUACGAAACCUGGCGUUGCAAAAGCUAAUGGUCUCAACCAUUACCGCCUGAUUUGCGAAGCUUGUAGCCACAUCGUCAUCGCCGUUGUUUCAGCCGUUUUGAAAGCAGUUCAAGAAGCCUACGAAGAGAAUAGCCGCAGAUUUGAUAGUUCAGCCAAGCCGGUUGCUCCAGUUCGCAAAAAGCGAGGUGGAAUUUUGGGUUUCAAAGAAUUGGCGGCGAAGGCCAAAUUGUCCCCAUGGCACUUCCACCGUGUAUUCCGCAAUGUUACGGGUGUCACCCCAAAGGCCUAUGGUGAGGCCCUCUGGGACUAUUUGAUGCGGCUUUACGGGUUUGAGGUCGACGAGCUCACCGAAAAUCACGCUAGCUACAGCGUCAACACCGACUCCCCGGAAUUGCCUCCCCUAAACAAUCCCCAUUUAGGGUUAUCUUCCGACAUGCCGUCUUUCAACUCAGGGUUACCUGGUAACGCCGGCGGGAACACAAAUAUUCUGGGGUCAAUGCAAAAUGGCGCAGUGCCUGCCAGUGCCCAAGGUCAGCAUGUAGGACGCAUCCGCAAGUCCACUCGAGCAGCUCAGCAGCGUUCUUCACGUUCUCGCUCACGAAACCGAUCACAAACCCAACAGCAGCUCCUCCAAACCUUGUCACAAAUGCAGAUCUCUGCCCCCCGAAAACGCUCCCCAUCCCCUGGCCCUAACGGCCAAUAUAUGGGCUCGCCGCUUUUACCCAGCCAACACGGUGGCCGUGAUAUGUCCCCGACAGGACCGUCCGGGUUUUCUAUCUCUAACUCACAGCUCGACAUGUACGGCUCGCUGGUCGAGGACGAUAUUGGGCUGUAUUCUGCUGGACCUACAUUAGCCGGCACUGAGGACAAUCUGAACUUCAUUUUCCCUUCUAUCAGCAAUAACUACGUGGAGCAAGGGUACGACCAUUUGAGCAUUAAAGAAGAAUUUGGUGGCGACAACUGGGUAGAACAGGAUCGGAACUACAUGCCAAAACCUAUGGUCACAAACAAUUGGGCUGGCCCAGACCUCACAUUAGCAGGUACCCCAUCCGAAGAGCCGUCCAGCCUCGGUGUCGCUAACACUUCCUUGAUGGACAGUGCUGGCGUCACUCCCAACGGUUCGGAGCCCGGUUCAUACGCCAAGCCAAAUGGUGAUCGAAUGUCUCGAUAUAAUUCCUCGUCAGAUAUGAAGUCAUCAUGGGCCUCACAGGACCCAUCCACAACAGACAUUUCUAGUUCUAUGCCUAGCCAGGGGCUCAUGCUCAGCAUGUCGCCAUCGCAAAACCCCCCUCCCGCCAGCUCUGGCAACAUUGGCUUCGACACGAGCGGUGUUUUGAGCGAGGACAAUAUAUCAGGUGGUUACCAAUCUUACUACCUUCAGGAAUCUCACGAGCUCGAUCAUAAAAGUGUCAACGAGCUCGACUUCGGUGAGUAUACAACAGAUGGUGACGCACCGCUCAGUAGCAUGCUUUUGGGAAUGCAAACGGCACUUUCCCCCACGAUAGAGGAGGACGGGAUCCAAAACCCGGUCUACAUUUAA